UUAUAAAUCUCAUUGUUGUUGGCUUUUGCAACCUUUUUUUCUCAUUUCUUCUGUAACCUUUCAUACCCAUAAGUCAUUCUAAAAAGAAGAAAAAGGCAUUGUUCUUACAUGAAAAUUAUAGUGCAUGUUAACUAUGUAUUUAAUAUAAAACAUUCUUACUAAAUUUCCUUUUAAAGUUAUGAACAUAUAUUAAGAUAUUAGUAGCUAUGAGAUCUUUUUGUAAUCACAAAAAAAUGUGGGGCUUUUAGACAUAUUUACUUAAAAAGAUGGAUGCGGAGAAGAAAAAGUUCCCAAUAGGACCAGAAUACUAUACGUUAUAUGAGGAGGUAGGUGAAGGCGUUAGUGCCUUGGUUUAUCGUGCUCUUUGUAUAGAUAACAAUGAGAUUGUCGCCAUCAAGAUCCUUGACUUUGAACGUUGCAAUAGCGAUUUGAAAAAUAUAUCUCGUGAAGCUCAAACAAUGUUCUUGGUUGAUCAUGAUAAUGUUCUGAAAUCACAUUGCUCAUUUGUGAGUGGCCAUAACUUGUGGGUGGUCAUGCCAUAUAUGGCUGGUGGUUCAUGUCUUCAUAUUCUAAAGGCAUCACAUCCCGAAGGAUUCGAAGAGAUGGUUAUAGCCACUAUAUUACGUGAGGUUUUGAAGGGUUUAGAAUAUCUUCAUAAUCAUGGGCAUAUACAUCGAGAUGUUAAAGCAGGGAAUAUUCUUAUCGGUUCACGCGGUACGAUUAAGUUAGGAGAUUUGGGUGUCUCGGCUUGCUUAUUUGACACAGGUGACAGGCAAAGAGUGAGAAAUACGUUUGUGGGAACUCCUUGUUGGAUGGCACCAGAGGUCAUGGAACAAUUACAUGGAUAUGAUUUUAAAGCUGAUAUAUGGUCCUUCGGUAUUACUGCUCUAGAGCUAGCUCAUGGACAUGCUCCAUUCUCAAAGUAUACUCCAAUGAAGGUAUUACUCAUGACCCUGCAAAAUGCACCUCCAGGCCUUGAUUACGAGAGAGAUAAAAAGUUCUCUAAGUUAUUUAAGCAAAUGAUCGCUAGUUGUUUGGUGAAAGAUCCUUCAAGAAGGCCAUCAGCAAAAAAGUUGAUAAAACAUGCAUUCUUUAAACAAGCUAGAUCAAAUGAUUACAUUGUACGAACACUUUUAGAUGGCUUGCCGUCGCUUGGAGAUCGAAUAAAAGCACUUAAGAGAAAAGAAGUUGAUAUGCUUGCACUAAAGAAAAUGCCUUAUGGUGAGAAAGAGGAACUCUCUCAGAGUGAAUACAAAAGAGGCAUUAGUACGUGGAAUUUCGAUUUAGAAGAUGUGAAAGCUCAAGCAUCUUUGAUACAAGAUGAUGAUAGUUUGUUUGAUAAAGACCAUGAAGCUGUGGUCGAGUGCUCAAUAGAUCGUCCUUCACAUGUCUUAGAUUACAUAUGUGAGGAUAACGAAUUAUCUAAUUACCAUUCUCUUGCUGAUCUUCCAUCGAACGAAAUUGCGAGCAAAUUUCACAAGACUAAAUUUGAUGAUGAUUUAGGUUUAGUCAGUUCAAAUAAUGAUAAAUCUAUAUCACAAUGUUGUUCUCCUCAUCAAAAUAAAAAUACAGAAAAUAAUGUGGGUGUACCAUCAAACAUAGACGAAGUGAAAAAAAAGGUAGAAAGAUAUUCUCUACCUUUGCACAGUAGAAGGGUAAAAUCAUCACCAUCUUCUUAUACUUUAGAAAUACCUACCAUCCGAACAGAAAGCUUCAAAUCGCCAAAACAAGAAAGAUCUCUCACCAAUGAAGUUAUAAAAUGUUCACAAGGAUUAUUUGAUGAAGCAAUGGGAGAUGUAACUCCUAGAAAUUUAUAUUCACCAGUAACAAAUAACAAUGAUGAAAUUGAAACAAAGGUCAAUGUCAUUCAAACAAAAGGGCGUUUUAAAGUUACUUCAGAUAAUGAAAAGGGAGCUCCAGUUUCUAGUAAUACACUUCAAAAGAAUAAUAAUGCACAGGUUAUUCCUCGAUCGCCUACAACACAUUUACCUUCCCAUAACAAUGAAAAACCAGUAAUUCUUCCUUCCAAUUGUUUGUGUGCACUAGUGCAAUCUAUUCUACAAGCGGAUAUUAACCAAAGGGAAAACAUUUUAUGUGUGAUGAAACAUCUUACACCCAAUUCAUUUAAUGUGAAUUGUAUUGGCGAUGGAGAUUGUACUCCUACAAGUAUUACAACGAUUGAAAAAACAUUGCUUGAAGCUAGUCAUGAUAGAGAGAAGGAGUUACUUCAAGAGAUUACAGUUCUUCAAUCAAGGCUAACUCGCGUUGAAGAAGAGCUCCAAAAAUUUAAAAAAGACAACACUCUUGUCAAUGAUUAUUGACUUUAGUGAGGUACAAAAGAGAAAAUUAGUUUAUGUUUAGGUAGGUGUAGAUUUUUUUUGUUUUUGUUAAAGAUAUUAUAUUCUUCAUUUUGUCCCAGUGAAUACAAUUUUCGAGAGAUUGUAUGAUGGUAGAUAAAAAAAACGAAGUACGGAGUAUAUGUUUACACACAUACAUACACUCACCCCUCUUCCCCACACACAUACAGAAAAAAGAGUCUACAUGUCACACCCUAUAAAUUCAACCUCUCUCACCCCAUAAAUUCUAGUAUAUAGAAAAUAAUAAGAUCAAGUGCUAAUAAAUGUAAAGGUGGUGGAAACACCAUCCUUAUGGAAUUUAACUACUAUUAUUGAGUUUAGGCACUUGAUUACAAAACCAAACAAAUUAAAUUAAAAGACUUAAAUAUUAGGUUUGCA